AUGGCUUUCUUGGCCGGAUCCUUGUUGGGCCCCGCGGGUAGAUCGGCGGCACUGCUUGGUGGCAGGUGGCUGCAGCCCCAGCCUUGGCUGGCGCUCCCUGCUGUGCAGCCGCGGGGCAGCGCGCGCGGGAACGAGUAUCAGCCGAGCAACAUCCAACGCCAGCGCAAGCACGGCUGGAUCCCACUCCUGGGCACGCCGGGUGGCGUGCAGGUCAUCCUUCGCCGCAUGCUCAAGGGCCGCAAGUCGCUGAGCCAUUGA